GCUGGGUCCUUCCCCUGAAUUGGACAGCCCUUCCUCAUGGUCUGUACUUAGUCUGGCAGCUCCACUGAAACCUGUUCCCUCUGGGUGAAACACCAAUACCCGUGACAUAGCAACACCCAAGCCAUCAGAGGAAGACACACUGACAGACAAGCGGUGGGGAGAUGAUGGGAUAUAAAUAGCUGCUGGAAAGAACACUGUUGACUUCAAAGCGAAAUGAAGUUCUUUUUAUUACUGUCAGCCAUUGGGUUCUGCUGGGCUCAAUAUGCUCCGCACACCAAACCUGGGCGGACAUCCAUUGUCCAUCUCUUCGAGUGGCGCUGGGACGACAUUGCUCUUGAGUGUGAGCGAUACUUAGCUCCCAAUGGAUUCGGAGGGGUUCAGAUAUCUCCACCCAAUGAAAAUGUUAUAAUUAAUAACCCUUCAAGACCUUGGUGGGAAAGAUACCAGCCAAUUAGCGUCAGAGAUUGUCGUCUGGUUGGUCUUCUGGAUCUUGCACUGGAGAAGGACUAUGUCCGUUCCAAAAUUGCUGAAUAUCUGAACCACCUCAUUGACAUUGGUGUGGCAGGGUUCAGAAUUGAUGCUUCGAAGCACAUGUGGCCUGGAGACAUGAAAGCAAUUCUGGAUAAACUUCAUAAUCUAAACACAAGCUGGUUCCCUGAAGGAAGCAAACCUUUCAUUUACCAAGAGGUAAUUGACCUUGGUGGUGAGCCAAUUAAAAGCAGUGACUACUUUGGAAAUGGUCGUGUGACAGAAUUUAAAUAUGGUGCAAAACUGGGCACAGUUCUGCGCAAGUGGAAUGGAGAGAAGAUGACUUACUUAAAGAACUGGGGAGAAGGCUGGGGUUUCAUGCCUUCUGACAGAGCCCUGGUCUUUGUGGAUAACCAUGACAACCAGCGGGGACAUGGAGCUGGAGGAGCCUCUAUUCUUACAUUUUGGGACUCUAGACUGUAUAAAAUGGGAGUUGGAUUUAUGCUUGCUCAUCCUUAUGGAUUUACACGAGUAAUGUCAAGUUUCCGUUGGCCGCGAUAUUUUGAGAAUGGAAAAGAUAUUAAUGAUUGGAUUGGACCGCCAAAUGAUGCUGGAGUGAUUAAAAGAGUUACAAUUAAUCCAGACACAACCUGUGGCAAUGACUGGGUCUGUGAACAUCGAUGGCGUCAAAUAAGGAACAUGGUUGUUUUCCGUAAUGUAGUUGAUGGCCAGCCUUUUACAAACUGGUGGGACAAUGGAAGCAACCAAGUGGCUUUUGGAAGAGGAAACAGAGGAUUUAUUGUCUUUAACAAUGAUGACUGGCCAUUGUCUUUAACUUUGCAAACUGGGCUUCCUGCUGGAACCUAUUGUGAUGUUAUUUCUGGAGAUAAAAUUGGAGACAAUUGCACAGGAAUUAAAAUUUAUGUUUCCGGCGAUGGCAAGGCUAAUUUUUCCAUUAGUAAUACUGCUGAGGAUCCAUUUAUUGCAAUUCAUGCUGAAUCUAAAUUAUAAAAUUCAAAUUAAAUACAUAUACCCAGAA